CGACCAAAGUGGUCGCCGUCGGCACGAUGCAACAGCAGCGCCACGACAUCCUGACGAAAAUGGCGGCAUGGAGCAUCCAAGCUCCCGUGAAUCCGCACAACGUCAUGGCAGAGCACGCGAGCGCCCCGCUGUCCAAGAUUGACGGCGAGCGCGACGUUAUGGCCGAGAUCAAGUGCGAGUUUCAGUUUGCGUUUUCCGGCAAUUCGCAGGCAUCGUCGACCCAACCUGGUGCCAACAGCGAAGUGUCCAAGAAGUCGCGUUUCCAGAACCCCUUCUCGUACCUCAAACAGUCCGCAUCGUCCUCAUCCAAAGAAGUAUUGAGUGACGGUGGUGCACCCGCGACUCCCGUCGACCCUCCUUCAUCAUCUUCGUCGUCCGGAAGCAAUAGUCGUUCCAAGCCCGACUACAAACUACCUGGGAGGCUCAUGAUGACGUCGUACCGCAUGCAGUUUUACUACCACCCGUCCAUGUCCGAAGGAGAGGCCGACGCCGCUGCAUUUCAAAGUCUCCUGCGUCGCUUUCGCACGUUGCGCCGUGUCCACGAGUAUUGCACGGUGGCGUUGGGAACGAUCUUGCGCGUCGAAAAGUCUGAAAAGUACCACAGCUUGGAAGUCGAGACGAAGGACCACCGCAAGUUUCACCUGUCGUUCCACGGACAGCCCGAGAUUCUCCUCAAAGUGCACGAGCUCCUCGUGUCGUAUGCGUUUCCGUCGUCCUUCGAGUACGUGUUUGCAUUUUGCCAUCGCUUGCCGAGAAGCAUGGCGAUUCUCGACACGACGUACGCGGCGGAGAAAAGUGCCGACGAAUGUCUUCCACUGCAGACUGAUUGGGACGUGUACUCACCCCACGCCGAAUGGCGCCGCCAAGGGCUGUUGGACAAUUUAAAAUGGCGCAUAUCGAACGUCAACCAGGGCUACGGCAUCGUCCCGAGCUACCCAUCGCAGUUGGUGGUCCCCGCGUCCAUCCCAGACGAGGUUCUCGUCGAUGCUGCAGGGUUUAGAAGUAUUGCGCGCAUUCCCUGUAUCACGUGGGUUCACCCUGGACACGGGGCGUCGCUAUCGCGGGCAAGCCAGCCAAAGAUUGGCAUGUCAAAUGCGUUCUCGGUUUCAGAUGAAGACUUGGUGGCGGCGAUCGCCAACGCAAACCCCAACAACCAAACCAUUCAUAUCGUCGACUGCCGACCCAUGUCGAGUGCGAUGGCAAAUCGAGCCAAAGGGUACGGCGUCGAAAGCUCGCUACGAUACAAGCAAGCAGUUGUGGAGUUUAUGAACAUUCCCAACAUCCACACAAUGCGCGACAGUGCGAAGAAACUCAAGCACUUGUCGCUGUCGCUCACAUGCGACAACCUGAACUGGUACGCGGACGUUGAGGACACCAAGUGGCUGUACUACGUCCGCGUGUGCUUGAAAGCGACGUUGCAGAUCGUGGACUUGAUUCAUUUACAAAAAGCGUCCGUGCUCGUCCACUGCAGCCACGGGUGGGACCGCACGUCGCAGUUGUGUGCCCUCGCCCAACUCUGCCUGGAUCCAUUCUACCGCACGAUUCAAGGAUUUCAGGUGCUCAUCGAGAAGGACUUUCUCUCGUUUGGCCACCCGUUUCAAAUCCGCCUUGCGAAUGGAGCCAAGCACACGGGCGAUUACUCCCCCAUUUUCCUCCAAUUUCUCGACUGCGUCUGGCAACUGCAGCAACAAUACCCGACCUACUUCGAAUUCAAUCAAGGACUGCUUUGUCUUUUGGCGGACGAAUUGUACUCCUGUCGGUUUGGAACGUUUUUACUCAGCUCCCAGCAAGAUCGCGAAGCCAUGCUACUCCGUGACAAGACCACGAGCAUUUGGACCUUCCUCAAUGGCUACCGCAGCGUGCUGUUGAGCCGGACGUUUGUUGGUGAACAAGUUCUCUUGCCAACUCAAUCGAGUCUACUGCGCGGCGUCUCGAUCUGGCCUCAUGUAUUUCUCCGUUGGAGCGCUCAAGCGUCCGCAGUGGACGCCCCGUGUGCCAACAGUCAAAUUUUCGUCGACAACGAGCUGCGACAUCCGAGCUGGCGACUCUCCCACAGCAUCUUGUCCUUGUUGUCCGAGCUUAAUCCGUCCAAGCAGUAGGGUGCCGUCGUCGUUGCUCGAUGGAGUAUCGGGACACAAUCACCUUCGUUUUGCAACAUUCAUGCUGCCUUCAAACAAUUAGCUAUUUCUUUGCAGGGGCGGUCGGCGCA